UUUAUUUGAAAACAAAAGAAUGUAAUGGUAUGUAUUUCGUAAAAUGAAAAAAAGAAAAACAAAAAAGUAAAUAAAAUAAAAUAAAGAAAGAAAAGACGAAAAAAGAAGAAAAAAAGAAAAAACAUUAGUCCGUUAAGAAGGAAUGAUCUAUAAUUAAUUUCAUCUAAUCUAAUGACGGAUAAAUAGAAAAACAUGGACAGCAUCCGGGGGAUGUGAUUUUUCGUUUUAGACGAGAGCAUUGAUAUUAGAAUAACUAAUGGAUAACUGGCGGUUCCCUUUGAUAUUUUCAUCUCUCGGCGUAAUUGAAAUUACGAUUUGCGAUAGUACUGUACUAUAUUAGUAUGUUUAUCCUAUGUGUAUGUAUGUACGCAUAAAGAGUACGGAAAUGCUGAUAUGCAACGGCGAUAUCGCUGCCAUAUUCCAAAGGUCUUCGCCUUGCAUUUUCGAUUUAAUCUCGUUAACAAUUUCACACGAUUAAUGACGAAUUAGAUAUAGGAAAAAUGCUAAUUAUACAUAUAAUACAUAUAUAUAUAUAUAUAUGUAUGUAUGUAUGCAUGUAUGUAUGUAUGCACGUAUGUAUGUAUGUAUGUAUGUAUGUAUGUAUAUAUAUAUAUUAUUUGGCAUCUUUCCCUUUCUGCGUUCUUCGCAAACAAAAAUGGACUCUUAACAUUGAAACGAGUUUCAAGGUUAUACAGUACAAGUCAAAGAGAAAGAGAAAAAAGAGAGAGGGAGAAUGGAGUAAAGUCAAUGUUAAUUAUGAUACAUUUUUAAAAAGUCAAUAAUAAUUGUGAAAUCUAAGAAUGGUUAUUGAAUGCUCGUGUUUUAUCGAUAAAAUAGUAUUUAAAGUUUGGCUGAUAAGCCGACAAUGAAUAAGCCUUCCAUAUAAAGAUUGAUUUCUUACUUCAACUGGCUCAUAUCAAAGAUUUUGCUUAAUACGAGUGAACACUUUUGUACAUUGCUAUGUGAGAAAUAGACGACGAGCGUGGAAAGGGUAAAACAGAGAGAGAGAGAGAGAGAGAGAGAGAGAGAGAGAGAGAUUUUUACAAAGAUGGCUAAACUUUUGAUUAGAAGUAGCGAUCUUUAAGAACAUGUAAUAAUGAUCGCGUACGAGUAGAAAUUCGUGCGAAUACAAUAAAGUUUAGCUUAAAAUAAUGCAAAGGAAAGAAAUAAGGGCUGAGGGGGGGGGGAGGAGAGAGAGAGAGAGAGAGAGAGAAGUGUGCUUAAACAUUGAAAAGAUUUUGUAACAUUACUAAGACUAAUCAUUAUUAAAUCGUAUACUUUAUUCAGAUAUAUGCAUUAUUAAUGGGAGCAUUGAAAAAAAAAAAAAAAAAAAAAAAAAAAAAAAGAAAAAAAAGUAAAUAAAUAAAAAAAGAAAAAAGUAUUUGAAAUUGUUUUCGCAUUGUUUUUUCUUUUUUUCAUUUAUCCAUUUUUUUCUUUUAAGAAAAAAGAAGAGAUAUAAAAAAACCUGACAAAAUAUUGUCAACUUCAUAUGUUAAUUAGCUUCCCUUUUACGUUUCUAAUAAUUCGAUCCCCUGAAAUAUCGAUCAAAUAAACAAGUCCCCUUGGUGUCGUUGACAUUGCGUGUUAUCUCCUCUUUGAGCGUACAAAGGAAACAAGCUAAAAAAGUAUUUACUUCGCAACGCGACAAAGAGUAAGAGAGAGAGAGAAGAAUUAUUAUUUCUUUACUUGAACGUUGUGAAAUAUGUCGGUGAGUUCGCGAACGGAUUCAAAAACGAUUUCGAAAAAUCAAACGGAUAAGCCACCCUUCAAACUUUGUUUCUCUAAGCAACAAACAAUUGGACGAUCGGAUGCUUACAUUACAAAAACUAAUGCGAACUUUGUAACGCCAAAAUUUUAUUCGAGAGAAUUCGAGGAUUUGCAGAAGAUCGAUGUCGACGAUACGAUUAAACGAUUAACCAACGAAGAAGAGAAAAUUCCAAAGGAAGUUUAUCGUUGGCCGUUAUUGACAAGUCACACUUAUGGCUGGUGGCACGAAAAAGGCAUAGAACCUAAGGAUCAAAGAUUUCAUUUUCACAAGAGAACGUCGGAUUUAGUGAGCUUUCAAAUGAAGAUAUAUGCCGAGGAUAAAAAGACGAAAGUACCUGAUCCUCGAUUGGCCUAUCGUACACCGAUCCUUCGUGAAGGUUAUUCCAAGGAUAAAUUUUACGAUAAAAGAAAUCGUUUGUCCAAGGAUAGGCCAAAUGGCGAAUGAAUACCUUUUUCAUUACGAUUUUCUUUUCCGUAAUCGUAAUCGUCUUGAGUAUUAGAAAGAAAAAUAAAUAAAUAAAGGAAAAAUGGAAUAGAAUCCAUGGAGAAUUUUAUGUAACGAAGAAUAAAUGCUUUUA